AUGGCUUUUGAUUUCAGGGGCAUCAGCUGGCUGAGGGGUAAAAAGUCAGGAAUGGCACCUGAGACUGCCCACUUAUCUGGACACCACCUCAUCUGGGUCCCCCCACCGACCUCAGCACAGUGCUUCAGACCAGCUUCUCCCUGUGGUUUCCUCCAUGCACCUCACACAGGCCGGCCCCCCAGGGGCCUGGGACUUGGACUGGACUCACUGCCUGAGGAGCAGACAGAGGCCGAUAUACUGCAUUCCAGAUGCCAGGUGGCCCCCAGUGACCAGAGCCCUUUGCCAGCUCUCUGCUGUAAUCAGCGGGCAGACAUGAGUCCUGGCUGA